GUGUAACUGACUGUGACAUUUAGAUUGAUAAUCUUUAUUUUCUGUAUUAUUAUUUGGUCAACUGGGCCGGCCCUGAUAUAAAAUAAAACAAUUGGGCCGCUUAUUUUUGUAAAAGAAUGUAGUAAAUAAAAUGUUCAUGCUACAUUUUUACACAUUUUUACCAUUAAGGUUAGCAAAUAAUUAGAGAAAAAAUGUUCAGUGAGAAAAUUAUUACUGAAAUUUGGAAAUUUCUUAUUCAUUAUUCUGAAUACUUGUAAGUUGUGAUUAUGCAUGGACUUUGUAUUUACAGCAUUAGUAAAUCAUAAGGUUUUAUCAAGCCCUAAAGAAUUCCAGCAGAAGUAGUAGUUUCUGUUUUAUUUGAAACCAGAAUCUUUUCUUCUUAAGAAUCAAUAAUAAGAAUCUAUGGAUCACUGUUUGGACGUUGAUUUUCUUCGAAAGUUAUUUUUUUUUUGGAUUUGGAGUUCCUGUUCUUUAUCUUUAGGGCAUAUGUAACCAUGACAUUAAAUUUGGUGUUAAAAUUACACCAAUUUGAUAUUUUGGUGUCAAAAUAUUUUUGUCAUCUCUAACUAUGAUACCAAAUAUUACACCAAAAGUAAUUUUAUAUAUUAUUUGAUGUUUUCAGUUUUAAUAUUUAUUAUAUUUUUAUUUGAAAUUGACAAAUAAUUGUUCUAUCACACACACUUAGAUAUUAUGAUUGUUAAUUUUUUAAUUAUAUAUUUAUCAAUUUUAUUCACAUUUAUGUUUUUGAUGAAAAUAGAACUUAAAUUACGCAGAUUGGAUGAACAUUUUGUAACUCUCAGAUAAAAAAACGUACAAGUAGAGGGCAGAACUGAUAGAGAUAAAAAUAAAAAUUUAUAAAAGCUUUAGUUUCUGUCGUCAACUUCUAAUAACCUUUACAUCAAAACAAAUUUGCUAGAAUAUAAAUGAAUUUAAUUCAUAUGUACAUUUUAUACAAACGACGAAAGUGGGAGUAAGCUCACAUAAAUCAUGCCACAUCAUUAAUUUUGUAGUUAAACUACCACGUGCCCAGAUAUGAUUGGAUAGUUCAUAUGUACAUUUUAUACAAACGACGAAAUUGAUUAAGCUGAUAAAAGAGCUAGGAUUGUGUUUCCUGGAAGUGGUGGUGAUCGUAUGAGAGACGUUUGAGCAAUAUUGGUUUAUAGUUAUCAUCUGCAGAUCUUCUAAUAUAUCAAAUUUGAUUUAAAACCCUGCUCGAUCCAGGUUUAGAAAUGAUAUUUAAAUCAGAAUAUAAUUUCAGUGAAAUGAUUUUUUUUUUUGCAAAAUGCAAGUACACAAAAAAAAGUAAGAAAUAGUGAAAGGAAGUGAAUGGAUUUUUAUUUCUUUAUGAAAUUCACAUAAAGUAAAAUAUCUAAAGCAUAACAAACUGGUAAAUUUUAGGCUUUGUUUGUUUGUGGUUAAUAAAAUACUUUUCUGUUUUUAGUUUUUUUAUUUUUCAAAAACCAUUUUGUUAUUCAAUCAAGAUUUUUGAAAAAAAAACUUCAGAAUUUAGUACUAGAUUUUAUAACUAUGUAUGAUUUUUACUGUACUGGCUAUGUAAAUAAAUUAUUAAGAUUUUCUUCACUUAUAGUUUUUCAUAUAUGUUUCCUGGAAAGAGUUUCUCUCUAUGUUUCUCUAAUCAGUAUAAAAUGCUCUUUCUCUAUCCCAUUUUCAAAAUCAAAAAUUUCUGCAAUCAAAUAAUCACUGUAUUAACACAACCCUCUUCUUCUUUUUUUUUUUCAUAAAUCAUGGCAAAAUUAGUUUGUUCUUGUCUGUUCAUCUCCAUGCUUGUUCUAUCUGCAUUUUUGGCUUUGCCAAGUGCAGAUGGAGCGGAUAUAAGAAGGUGCAGUGUGGUGUUGAACCUAAGCAAGCCAUGCACUUUUCAAGAAUGCCAACCACUUUGUAUUCAGAAGUACAAGGGGACUGGCCUUUGUCUCGGAGAUAACAUUAAGAACUCGAAAUGCAAUUGUGAAUAUAAUUGUUAAGCUUAAUUAUAUAUAAUAUGAUGUUAAACUAGACACAAAAUCUUUAUUAUCACAUGAAUACAAAUCUUUUUUUUAUAUAAACCUUGCGGUAAAAUACUAAACAUGCAUUUGCUAAUCAGAUCCCGUAUAUGCAAAUCACGGUUGAAUAAAAUAAGACCAAUCUUAGUGAAUUAUUUCUUUCUUUUUUUAAUUAUACAUGAAUAUUCCGGUCUCCACAAAAAUGGGUCCAAACUAGCCACAUGUUAACAAUCUACGUUUUCAGCCCAUGUGUUAGUUUUAUGUUCCUGGCAAUGCCGAAAUGUUAAUCUUUCAGUAGCCGAGACUCGAAUCCUAGUAGCUUCACCGUAUUGGACUUUUUCCUCAAGUUAAUCACCACCGGGCUGGCCUGGUUAAAUCAUAUCUUGUUAAGACGAUGAGAUUCUUCCUCGUAAUAAACCUAGGGUUUAUGAAAUAUUGACAUGCAUACCUGAGACUGUCACACUAUCUUAAUUGAUUCUACUAAAUGGAUCAACUAGAUUUGAUCGGGUCUUGGGAUGUGUGAAUCUAUUCAUCAACCAGGUUCCUUGAUUAGUAGUUCACGUGCUUUGCUCAUUUUUCUUAAAGAUAUAUACCAAUUGUCAAAAUUCAAAAUGUUUAUUGCUGAAAAGACUGACAUAUUUUGUCAGUAUAAUAAGUCAAAGAUGUUUAGAAAGAGAAUCAAAAUUCAUAAUGGUUCGGACAGUAAAAUGUCUUAAAGUAAAACACU